UGGUGUGGGUAAUGUUUCUGGCACAUGUUAGGUCCCUUGAUACCAAUUAAGCAAUGUUUGAAUGCCAUGCCUUGUAGAAUCCAUGCCCCAAAUAAUUCAGGAUGUUAUGGAGUCAAUGGGGGGUCCGACCCGGUACUUGAUGGGUUUACCUAAUAAACUGGCCACUGAGUUGUGUUACCUAUAAUUAACAAAUCCUGACUAGCAUGAAUUACAUAAUCCCCUACAUGUAAUAAAAUAGAUUGAUAUAACAUGCCCAAUAAUAUUUCAAUUUCAGGGAGAUUCUGGCACAUCUCUGACCUGCAUUUUGAUCCCCCCUACCAUGUGACUGAUGAAUACACCAAAGUGUUCUCCUCUAAGAGUGUCCCAGCCUCAAACCCUGGUCUUUUUGGAAACUUCAUGUGUGACUCUCCAGCUCAUCCUGUCAGCUUCCAGCACAUGAAACAAGUUGCUCCACAGCCAGAGUUUAUGAUCUGGACAAGAGACAGCCCUCCACAUGUCCCAUCAGGGGAGCUGUCCACAGACGUGGUGAUCCAAGUCAUCAGCAACAUGACUCAAACCAUCAGGGAGUUCCUCCUAGACAUGCCGGUGUACCCCGCCCUCGGGAACCACGACUACUGUCCCCAGGUAUUCUAUCUAUUACACUGAACUCUAUCAGAGAAGUAGUUGGUGAACCAGGCGAGGCAAUCA